UUGCUAAAUAUGCCUAGAUUAGAUCUUAUUAUAUAACCAAAGAAAAAUUAGAGACUAUUUUUAUAAAGUUGAGUUUGGAUCCAUUUGUUUCCUCUUUCUAAAAAGCAACCAAACAUCAGAACAUGCUACCAACUACCAACUACCAAUUCAACUUCUUGUAUAAGAAACCAUCCAUGUUUGUCUAAAAGUUUCAUGAGUAUUCUAUCUGCUACACAUACUAGUACUAUAUAUAAUAUGAUCGUGAGUUCUACAACUCCUCUGCAUUCAUUCAUUCACUACCACAAGCAUUCUAAGUGUAAGUUUAAAAACAGAACUCAAAAGUUUAACAAAAAUGGAUGGUGCACAAUUAGUAUUCAAAUCCCUGAAGUGUAUGUUUGGAGAUCAAGUCCUUAGAAUUGAGUCGUCAGAAGACGAUCAAAACAAGCGUAUGAAAUUAACACAAACACUUUCUAGCAAUGCAGAUGGGUGUGAUUCGAAGAAUAUGAAGCAGAGUAAAAAGAAAUCAGUAAUCAGCACAAUGAACAAACUUGCAAAAGGGAAGCUGAGUUUAGGAGCAAAGAUUCUGCAAGUAGGUGGGGUGGAAAAGGCAUUCAGGAGAAUGUUUAAUGUCAGUGAAACUGAAAAGCUUCUGAAGGCUACUCAGUGCUGUUUGUUCACCACCGCCGGACCUCUUUCAGGCCGCCUUUUCAUCUCCUCGGAAAAUCUAGCUUUCUGCAGCGACAAAGCCGUUGCCAAGUAUUCUUCUCCUUCCGGGGAGACCUCUAGAUACCAUUACAAGGUUGUGAUCCCUCUGAGGAAUAUCAAGAAAGCACACCAGAGUGAAAAUGUGAAAAAACCAUCAAAAAAAUACCUACAAGUUGUGACUAAUGAUGAUUUCGAGUUCUGGUUUGCAGGAUUCUUGAAAUUCAAAAAAACAUUCAAAAACCUACAACAAGCACUUUCCUGGGAUUCUGACUCUUAACUAGACGAGUUGAAUUGAGUGAGAAUUUGACCUGAAGAAGUAGGAAAAUCGUUUGUUUUCCACAAUGAUCAAUCAGGCCGGCCUUGUGUAGAUAAGAAAUGAGUAGCUUUGUAAAUGUGGUUUAGUAUUAUUGAAAUAUUUUCAGUAUUUUUAAAAUCUGAUCCUGUUUCAUGCAGAUUUAUCAAUGUAUUUGGUGAUGACUUAUGACUAGCUUUGUAUAACUCAUCUUUCACAUUUCUGAUCUUAUGAAUAUCGCCUUUCAUA